AGGGGCGUUUCUGGGGCGUCUUUGGGGCGUUCCUGGCGCCUUCUCUGCUGUGCGGCCGUGUAGGUGGGCCCGGGUUCCCGUCGCGGCGACUUGGGUCCUGCUUCGCCUCGCCUUCUCCGGCCCGAGGUGAUGGGGGACUCCAAGGAGGCCGGGGCCGACGCUCCGCCGGCCGGGGCCACGGCUCGCGGAGGACUCAGCCUGCUGCCCCCGGGAGAGGCUGAGGAACCUUCUGCACAGGGGUCAGCUCUGUGUCUCGGGGGCAGCGAAGUGAAGAGCCGCGCGGUGGUGAAGUACUCCUCCGCCCCUCCUCGGGCCGCGUUCGCGCGCCUCGAGGAGAAGACAGACUUGAAACUCCCACCUGCCAACUGGUUGCGAGAGAGCGCCAAGCUCGGGCCGGCAGGAACCACCAUUCUUGGCAACAGUAAGAAGAGCAAGCCGUUUUCAAGCUUUGGGAUGGCGUACGACUUCAUCGAUUCCGUGGGGAACGAUGUGGACGUCGUCUCGGACUCGGAGAACAUAAAAAAGCUCCUGAAGAUCCCCUAUAGCAAGUCCCACGUGAGCAUGGCCGUGCACCGCGUGGGCAGGACUCUCCUGUUGGACGAGCUGGACAUUCAGGAGCUCUUCAUGAGGUCGUCGCAGACCGGGGACUGGACGUGGCUGAAGGAGUUCUACCAAAGGCUCAUCGACCAGAAGUGGCAGCGGAAGAAGAAGAGCAAAGAGCACUGGCACCAGAAGGCCAUUCUCUCCAAGUUUCUGUACUACAGUAUCAACGGUGAUGGGGCUGCGCAGCCCGUCCCGCCCGCCGCGGGGCAGCAGGACCCUCCAGGCUCCGACCAGACCCAGGACGCGGACGGGGCCUCGUGGCCCGCCCCCUUCGACAUGCCUGCCUCCGUCUCCGAGGAUCCCGGCGCGUCCAGCCAGGGAGGUGAGCCUCUUGAACCCUCAUGCAUAGUGGGGCACGUGGCCUCGGCGCCCAAAGAGCAAAACCUGACCACUCUGUUCAAUGACGGGGAGAACAGUCAGGGUCUUAAAAAUGACUUUGUGCGGAACAUUCUGUGGACGUUCGAAGACAUACACAUGCUGGUGGGCUCCAACAUGCCCAUAUUCGGGGGAGGCAGGUACCCCGCAGUCAGCUUGCGCCUCAGGGAUAACAACAAACCAAUUAAUGUGCUAACUGGAAUUGACUAUUGGUUGGACAACUUGAUAUGCAAUGUGCCAGAGCUUGUGAUGUGUUUUCAUGUAAAUGGAAUUGUACAGAAGUACGAAAUGAUAAAGACGGAAGAGAUUCCUGAUUUGGAAAACUCUAAUUUUUCUACUAAAGUCAUAAAAGACAUUGCCCAGAAUAUUUUGUCAUUUCUGAAAUCUAAUUGUACCAAAGAGGGACAUACCUAUUGGCUGUUUAAAGCGAGUGGCAGUGACAUAGUGAAGCUCUACGACCUCACUACCCUCUGUGAAGAGACUGAAGACAAAUACCAAAACCCGUUCACGAUGCCGGUGGCCAUUCUCCUAUACAAGGUUGCUUGCAACAUGAUGAUGAAGAAGAAUCAAAAUAAGAAACACUAUGGGACUAUCAGGACAUUGCUUCUCAACUGCCUUAAAUUGCUGGACAAGAGCAGACACCCCCAGAUUAUUGCUUCAGCCAAUUACAUGCUUUCAGAGCUUUUUCAACUGGAUGAACCUAAAAAAGAAGAAAGUUCAGAGUGUCCUUUGAAUGAGAAUUCUGAUGAGAGCUACAGCGAGGAGGAGGAGGAGGAGGAGGAGAUGCCAGACAGCGACGAGAACGGGUCCUACAGCACCAGCUCCGACCCUCCGGAGGACAACAAAGCGGUGGCCAUAAUCAAGUCCGUUGGAGAACUGUCCGUUCCAGAGAAGUACAAGUCCAUCCAUCAGAUCAGACCCAGCUGUGCGUUUCCGGUUUGCCACGACACGGAGGAGCGCUGCAGGCUGGUGCUCAGCUACGUUCUGGAGGGUUUGAAAUCGGUGGAUAACAGCAUUAAGAAAGAAAGCGACCUCCCUGCAGCCGACCCCAGCACCCCAAUUCCAUUAAAGUACGAAGAUGAAUCCGCAAGGGGGGGUCCCGAGGGUCUGGAGAAGCAGAUGGCCUUGUUUUUGGACAAAAUGGGCUCCCUUCAGAAGGGCAGUUACUCCUGUCAGUCUGGGAUGGUCCCUGGCUCUUGGCAACACAAGAUGAAACUGCAGCUGAUUCUCAAGUCGUCCAAGGCCUACUACGUCCUGUCCGACGCCGCCAUGAGCCUGCAGAAGUACGGGCGAGCGCUGCGCUACAUCAGACUCGCUCUGCAGAGCCACGACACGUACUGCUGCCUCUGCACCAAUAUGUUCUCUGAGGUGCUGCUGUUCCUGUCGCAGUACCUGACCCUGUGCGGCGACAUCCAGCUGAUGCUGGCCCAGAACGCGAGCAACAGGGCGGCGCACCUGGAGGAGUUCAACUACCAGACCAAGGAGGACCAGGAGAUCCUGCACAGCCUGCACCGCGAGUCCAGCUGUCACGGAUUUGCGUGGGCAACUGAUUUGUCUACAGACUUGGAAAGCCAACUUUCCGUUAGCUGCAAAUGUUACGAGGCCGCUAAUGAGAUCUUGCAGUUCAGCGACCUAAAGAGCCAGAACCCGGACCACUGCGUCCAGGUGUCGAAGAGGAUGGGCAACAUCAGGAACGAGAUCGGCGUGUUCUACAUGAACCAGGCAGCCGCGCUGCAGGGCGAGAGAGCGGUGAGCAAAAGCGUGUCUACUGCAGAGCAGCAAUUGUGGAAAAAAAGCUUCUCUUGUUUUGAAAAAGGAAUUCACAACUUUGAGUCGAUAGGCGAUGCCACAAAUGCCGCCCUUUUGCUGUGCAACACGGGAAGGCUCAUGCGGAUCUGCGCGCAGGCGCACUGCGGCGCAGGGGACGAGUUCAAGCGUGAAUUCUCACCCGAGGAAGGCCUGUAUUACAAUAAGGCUGUUGAUUACUACCUGAAAGCCCUGCGGUCCCUGGGGACGCGGGACGCGCACCCGGCCGUCUGGGACUCCGUGAACUGGGAGCUGUCCACCACCUACUUCACCAUGGCCACGCUGCAGCAGGACUACGCGCCGCUGUCCCGGAAGGCUCAGGAGCAGAUUGAAAGAGAAGUCAGUGAGGCCAUGAUGAAGUCCCUGGGACACUGCGACGCGGACUCGGCGUCGGCCCGGCAGCCCCUGCGCCAGUACCGAGCGGCCACCAUCCACCACCGGCUGGCGUCCAUGUACCACAGUUGCCUGCGGAACCAGGUGGGCGACGAGCAUCUCAGGAAGCAGCACCGGGUGCUGGCCGACCUCCACUACAGCAAAGCCGUGACGCUCUUCCAGCUCCUGAAGGACACGCCGUGCGAGCUGCUGAGGGUGCAGCUGGAGCGGGUGGCGUUCGCGGAGUUCCAGAUGGCCGGUCAGAGCAGCAACGUGGGGAAGCUGAAAACGCUGUCCGGGGCCCUGGACAUCAUGGUGAGGACGACCCACGCGUUCCAGCUCAUGCGGAAGGAGCUUGUGGAGGAGUCGGGCCAGCCCAAGAGCGACGGGCCCUCCCCCGCGGCUGACGCGGCUCCCGGUCUGAACCGAGAAGAAGCGCUCAAACUGCUCAGCAUAUUCGAGUCCCGGCUGUCCUUCCUGCUCCUUCAGUCCAUCCGGCUGCUGUCUCCGGGCAAGAAGAAGACAAGCAGUGACUCGGAGGGGGACGCGGCCCUCAGGACCAACAAGCACGUCUACUCGCAGCUGCUGAGGGCUACCGCUAACCGGGACACGAGUCUCUUGGAGAGGGUCGACAUCCUCCUGCACCUGCUGGGCCAGCUCGCGGGGGGCGGCGCCGUCCAGUGACUCCCGGGGCCGCGUCCGCGCAGGUGCGGCCCGUGCCUUCCGCACUCGGGCACCCCCGCCCCUCGGUGCUUCGUUCAAUUAAACGCACAGGAAAUGCCACUCCCAGCAGGCACCGCUGCGGGAACGCGGCGUGCUCGUCACCCACGGCGAGGCCGGCGGGCCGGCGGCUCGGGCUUCCUCACGGACGGUGUGGGACCAGCGUCCGGUGCCGCCUCCUCCGAGGAGAGAGUGGAGCUCGGCGUCAGCAGCCUUGCUGGGAUGCGGCCACACUUCUGAGUGCUCUGGAGUGUGUUCGAGCUACGUGGGUGUGAGACACAGUUGUUUUGGGUAAACGUUACUGUGGGUCAAGGGGACUUUCCCAUCCAGGUGACUCUGGUGGUUCAGGUGGGUUAAACCUACGGCGCUUCCUUCCGGGCGGCGCAGGAGGAAGAGGCCGGCCCUUCCGAGCGUCAGGCCGGGGUGUCGGAACGCCAGCCGCCUCGCGGUCGUCUGUCGGUGCAUGUGCGGGGGGGGCCCGUGUGCUUGGACCUCGCUCGUGUGGGAGCUGGUCAGGGGCAGACACUGCCCUCCUCUUUUAUUUUAAACUUGAAACUGUGAAUAAGGUAA